AUGCACCUCUCAACAACACCACCACCACCACCAGACGGAUCGGCCUCGGCCGCGGCCGUGGCCGUGGCCAAGCUUAGCCGGAAACCUCUCAAGUUCCUCCUGCACUGCUUCUCGGCGACUGGCCACGUGCUGCCGAUGCAGGCAGUGGCCAGGGAGCUGGUCGAGCGCGGCCACGAAGUCGUCUGGACGACGAUAGCGCCCCAGGAGGCCCGCGUCGUCGCGUCGGGCGCCAGGUUCGUCCCCGCGGAGGAGGUGAUCAAGGUCGACGCCAACCUCGAGGGCGCGGAGCCCAAGGACAUGGUCGAGACGGCCGAGGUCAUGUUCGGCGGCCGGGUCACGGCGCAGGUCGCCGACAUCCGCCGCGUGCUCGAGACCUUCACGCCCGACUUGGUGCUCAACGACGCCCUGCCGCAGGGCGUCGCCGCGCUGUACGAGCUGGGCGAGAUUCCCCGGUACGCCACGCUCGGCGUCGUCCCCUUAUACCUUCCGGACAUCGGCCCGGAGCCCGUCGAGCACGCCGCCCAGUCCGCGCUCGGUCUGCUCAUCAGCCGACCGCAGCUGGUGCUGCCCACGAUCAACCCGGAACGACAGCGGCUGGGGCUGCCGGCGCUCAAAGUCACGGACGCGUACGCGUACAGCCCGUUCCUGCACAUCCAGGCAUCGUGUCCCUCCCUGGAGUUCCAGGAGGGCCCCGAGCCCAUUCUUCCGCAGGCGCAGUACGUCGGCCCGCUGGUCACGCGGCUCGCGGGGGCCAGUCUCGGCGUGCCGGCGUGGUGGGACGACGUGGCCAACGCGACCUCGGUCAUUGGCAUCACGCAGGGCACCUUCGCCAUGAACCCGACGUCGCUCAUCAUCCCCGCCAUCCAGGCGCUCCAGGACGACAAGAGCCACCUGCUGGUCGUGCCGUCGAAGCUCGCGGGCGAGAUCCGGGACAAGAUCGAGGUCGGCGACAACGUGCGCAUCGCGGAAUGGGUCCCGUACGACAUGCUGCUGCCGCGGUGCCGCCUCCUCGUCACCAACGGCGGCUACGGCAGCGUCACGCAGGCGCUCUCUCACGGCGUCCCGCUCGUCUGCGCCGGCACGUCGGAAGACAAGAAGGACACCGCCGCACGGGUGACGUGGGUAGGGGCGGGCAUCGACCUCAAGACCGACACCCCGUCGGUCGGCCAGGUCCGCGACGCGGUUCACCGCGUGCUGAACGAAGCCACGUUCAGAGACAGCGCGGCCAGGAUCGGAAAGGAGCUCAACGCCCAAGGCGGCGCCAAGAGGGCUUGCGACUUGUUGGAGAAGGCGGCGAUAGAGCAGCUUGCUGCGAAGGAAGAGACCAAUGCUUGA